AUGUCUAUCACCAAUGGUACCUUUGCUACUAAUUAUGAGCAAGAUGAUUGGCAAUUAUUGGAACAAAUGGCGGUCACAUCAAAAAGGAAAGCUCAAUCAUCAAGGAGAGCACGACUGGCCAUUACCGGAACUCAAGUGAAUGCGGUAUAUGAUGGAGGUGAAGGGCAUUAUGAAGAAGUGAAUGCUAUCGAAGGUCAAGGUGGGGGUGGUAGAAAUUAUAAUAUGAACUCGAACACAUACCACCCCGGGUUACGAAAUCACCCAAAUUUUAGAUAUGGGAACCCGUCAAAUCAACUUAACUCGAACUUUCAAGGAAACCAAGGAAAUUAUGCUCCUUUCCAACAAUUUAAUAAUCAAGGUUUCCAAAGGCAAUUCCAACAACCGGGUAAUGAACAAAGUGGGUUUUUGGGUCAAGGUUCCUCGGGUGGAAAUGAGGUCAUGGAGAUGUUGAAAGUGAUGCAAAUGGAGAUGCAACGAAGAAAUCAGCUUGAUGAGGUUCGUAUGCAAAAAGAUGAAAUCCGUGACAAAGCUAUUCAAUCGUUGACCACUCAAAUGGGUCAACUUGUGAGUGAAGUGGCAAUAUUGAAGAAAGCAAAAGGCCAGCUACCGAGUGACACGGUGACAAAUCCCAAGAACAUAAAGAGCGUUAAUAUCAAUGUGGUAAGCACCGUUCCUAGUACCGAAUUUAAUGAAAAUUUUCUAACCUCUUCGUGUCAAAUAAAUAUAGGUAUAGGGAAGGACGCCGAUGCUGAGAAUGAUAAAGAACAUGGAGCACCAAUCGUGCCUGUCCGUGUUGGAAAAUUAAAAAUCCCUCAUGCAUUAUUGGACUACGGGGCGGGCAUGAGUGUGCUACCAGGUGAUCUAUAUGGCAUGUAUGAUUUUGGUCCGCUUGAAGAUAUAGAUACCAUGGUGAGCUUGGUGGAUGAGAGUUGGAGGUGUCCGCGAGGAGUGGUUAGGAAUGUCAUAAUUCGGCUGGGGGAAUUCAACUAUUUGGUGGAUUUUUUGGUCCUAGAUUAUGCCUCUACCAAAUUGGCAUCACAACAAAGGGUAAUUUUAGGUCGACCGUUUCUUUAUACAACAAAUGCUCAAAUCAACUAUAGAGACGGUGUUAUUACUAUGACUGAAAAGAACUGUAAGUUGUACUUCGAUGUUUAUACUAGGGAGAUUAGUUAUGAAUCUAUUGAAGAGAAGAGUAGAGAGCCUUGUGACCAUAUGAGAAGUGUUCAUCAAAAAAUAAAAACAAACAAACCACCGGGGUGUGAAAAGAAGUAUAAGGGUUCGAGCAGGGCCAUGGCGACAUUCAAGUGUGGGGGUGAUGUGCGAAUAUUUGUUUAA